UGCGGUGUGUGGGUGUCACUAUACUGUCAGCGCCCAGCUCAGAGGGUCCGGCACCUGACAAUAUAAAUAUAUAUAUGUAUAUAUAUAUAUAUUUAUAUAUACACAUAUAUAUAUAGGAUACAUAAACAUUUCCUUCUUUUUUUUUAAAGCGUUGUCCUCGUUGUACAUACUCUACCGUUGCCUUGACAGAACAUCUUACCAGCUUACUUGCCUUUUUUUGAUUGUGUCCAUACAAUGAUCAAGAACGGACACCACCUAGUGAACACACCAGCAGCAGAAGCAGCAGCAGCCGCCGGGAAAGACGCAGGGAAAGACGGGGCAGGCACCGCUACCCCCAACGCUACCCUUUGCAGUCCGGAGAAGAGAAGGCGUAGCAUCCGGGUGUGGUGCGAUGGAUGCUACGAUAUGGUGCAUUACGGCCACUCCAACCAACUCCGUCAGGCCAAGGCCAUGGGAGAUCACCUCAUCGUUGGAGUUCACACGGACGCGGAGAUAGCGAAGCACAAGGGCCCCCCGGUGUUCACGCAGGACGAGCGCUACAAGAUGGUGCGCGCCAUCAAGUGGGUGGACGAGGUGGUGGAGGGGGCGCCCUACGUCACCACCCUGGACACCCUGGACCAGCACACCUGCGACUUCUGCGUGCACGGAGACGAUGUAACGCUGACGGUGGACGGGAAGGACACGUAUGAGGAGGUGAAGAAGUCGGGGAGAUACAGGGAGUGCAAGAGGACUCAGGGAGUCUCGACCACAGAUCUGGUUGGCAGGAUGCUGCUCAUGACCAAAGCCCAUCACAGGAACAUAGACAGCUCCAACUACCAGCAGCACACAGAUAACUUUGGAAAGAAGGGCCACAGUCCGUGGACGGGCGUGUCCCAGUUCCUGCAGACGUCCCAGAAGAUCAUCCAGUUCGCCUCGGGCCAGGAGCCUCAGAACGGAGACACCAUCAUCUACGUGGCGGGGGCCUUUGACCUUUUCCACAUCGGGCACGUGGACUUCCUGGAGGCCGUGCACGGGCUGGCGGAGCGGCCGUACAUCAUCGUGGGGCUGCACUUUGACCAGGAGGUAAACCGCUACAAAGGGAAGAACUACCCCAUCAUGAAUAUCCACGAGAGAACGCUAAGCGUGCUGGCCUGUCGGUACGUUUCAGAAGUGGUGAUCGGAGCCCCGUUUGAGGUCACGAAAGAUCUGCUAGAUCAUUUCAAGGUGGACCUCGUCUGUCACGGCAAAACAAACAUCUACCCCUGCACCGACGGGAUGGACCCUUACGCCGAGCCCAGGAGGAAAGGCAUCUGGAGGACGGUCGACAGCGGGAGCAGCCUCACCACGGACGCAAUAGUGCAGAGGAUAAUCAAAAACAGGUUGCUAUUUGAAGCUAGGAACCAGAAGAAGGAGGCCAAAGAGAUCGCCAUGAUCCAGGCACUGAAGAGACGUGAGGAGGAGAAGACGACUAAAGAAAGACCUCAGGCAGUGUUGUAGGACCCCUUAAAACAGACACACACACACACACACACACACACACACACACACACACACACACACACACACACACACACACACACACACACUAUAUGCAUAUAUACAUAUAUAUAUAAAACACAUAUUUAUAUAUAUAUAUGGUAUGAAUAUAUAUAUCAUGUGUGUGUUCGUGUGUAGAGAGAACCUGGCAAAUCCAUUGCAUUUUAAUUGCAUACUUUUAAAACUCCAUUGGAGAAAAAGAGGUGUGUCUUAAUUCAACAGCCCCGCCCCCACCCCCGCCCCCCGAAGAAAAAACUUAAACGCAAAAAAAAAAUAUAUUAAA